UUUCAGUCUUGCCAAACCUUUUAGGUUAGUAACUCUGACUAGUGUGCUCUGUCAUCAGAUCUCUCACUCAAAACAUUAGACGGAUAGUUGGAAGACAAAUAGUUGGAUAACUCUGUACGUGACAACCUCUGUGGACUCUUUAAAGUGGAUAACCGCUUUUUGCAUUAAGGAUAUAUUUUGGACAUUUCUGGAAUAUCUUGGAAAUGUGUUCUGGAAGGAAUCUAAGGACUCAGGAGUUUUUUUACCCCAUCUUGCUGUUUCUUGUCUGUUGGGCUGAAGCAGAGGUGGCCAGAAGCUGUUCUCGCCCCUGCUCGUGCCCCCCGUCUCCACCCUGGUGCCCCAUUGGAGUGAGUUGGGUGUUAGAUGAGUGUGGUUGCUGUAAGGUGUGCGCACAGCAGUUUAACCAAGACUGUGGACCUGAACGGCCCUGCGACCACAUCAAGGGCCUGCAUUGCCACCUAGGGGCCGGAGAGGACCCUCAACGGGGUCUCUGUAGAGCUGAUGCACAAGGACGUCCAUGUGAGUUCGGAGGUCACAUGUAUCAGCACGGAGAGGAUUUCCAGCCCAGCUGUCAGCACCAGUGCAACUGUAUGGAUGGGGUGGUGGGCUGUAUGCCCCUCUGCCCGCACCAAGUCCCCCUGCCUAACAGACACUGUCCCAACCCCCGUCUUGAAACCCUGACAGGUCGCUGUUGUGAGGAGUGGGUAUGUGAUGAUGACAACAGCAUCAGGGAAGACCCGCCGGAUGGCCGCUCUCACCAUGCAACGACCAACCACAUUAACAAACUCUUACAGAAUGCUCACGGCUUCCAGUCCAGAAUGGACUCCUAUCAAGAGUGGGCUUCCCUGCCAGUGUCUCAGAUUCCAUUUCCAUCCCCUGAAUGUUUCCAACAGACCACUGAGUGGACAGAAUGCUCCGCCUCCUGUGGGUUUGGCAUCUCGAGUCGUGUGACCAAUAGUAACGCAGAGUGCAAGCUUGUUAGAGAGACACGCCUUUGUCAGAUCCGAGAGUGUGAUGUCACUCCAGCUCUGAAGAAAGGGCAGAAGUGUCGAAAAACACUGAGGUCUCGGAAACCGGAGCACAUUACAUUUGCCGGCUGCACCACAGUUCGACGCUACCGGCCUCGCACAUGCGGCUUGUGUGUGGACGGCAGGUGCUGUCAGCCCUCUGCGUCCCGAACAGUGCGUCUGCGCUUCCGCUGCGCAGACGGAGAGGACAUCACACGUAAUGUCAUGUUGAUCCAACGGUGCCGCUGCAGUAAAAAAUACUGUGGAGUGCAGAGAGACAGCUCACCCUCUCUUAGCCUUCACAAUGACAUACACACCUUCCCUCACUGAGAACACACACACACACUGACAGUUACGCAAACACUUUGACAUAUAACUCUUAAUCAUGCAAACACAUUCCCAUUCACUAUGAAGCUUCCCCAACUACGAAUCUACUGUUUUCUCUGAGUAUUUUUAUUUUAUAAUAUUUUGCUGCAACAUGUUCUAGAUUUGCAUGAAUAGAAAAUUUGCACUUUAUGUGUUUCUCACUGCAGGCCCUGUUCCAAAUUCAAAAGAAAAUAUAUUUUACAUAUAGAAAAGAAAAAGAUGUCUAUUCCCCUUAAGAUUUUUCUGUAUUGUGACAUCACCUCAGUGUGUCCAGUUUUUGUAAUAAGCAAUGUCACUUUUCACAACUGUAACUAAGAUUUUUUUUUUUUAUUCUUUUUAAUAGAUAGUUAUUGAUACUAAAUUUCUCGGACGGAUACUAAUAGCCAAUUAUUCAUAGUGACAUUCGACGAUUCUGAAAAUAAAUAUUUCUUAACUUUCUAAAAGUUAUUAAUUCAUAUAUUAAGAUUGAACAUUAAUAUGAAACAUCAAACCGGUGAUGUUUCUAAACAUUUUCUAUAAACAGAGCACAAAUUCAUUACAUUUUCCUGUCCUCUUUUGAUUGACAGGAUAUAUCGACCCUGAUCAUUGGCUGUUUUUUAAACUACAGGCCGAUAGUGUGAAAAAUUGCUUUUCUUGAAAGAUACCGAUAUUUCUGUGCAUUUCAUCUUUUUUUGAUCAACAAAAACAAAUAUUAUCAUAAACAUCUGAAUUUUGAUAUACAGUAUAUAUUAUAUAUACAGAUCAUUGUGAUUAAUCGUCAUGAAAAUAAUGUCACAAUCCGAAUUUGGUGAUCUAAAAAUUAUUUUCAUUAUUAUUUCUUUUGAUUCUGGUGUGAAAUUUAACAUGGACAGGCUCCUGGCAGGUUUCCGUCCAAUUCAUCCAAUUAUUCAAAGCUAUUUCCCAGAUCUUAUGUUUAUUACGCACAUUCUCCUGAACACUAUCAAAUAUUGUAAGUCCUUUCCAAGCUUUCAUUUAUUUAUUCUCCUGUUUUGAGUUUAAAAGUAUUCUUUUGAAUUUUAAAAGAAAAGUGAAUUUAGUUCGCUUUGAAUGAUUGACUUCCUGUCAUUGUUGAUGGGUAAGAAUAUGCACUAGAUUGCUGUAACUAGUGACGUGAGAUUAUGAGACACAUUAUGCAGCUUUGCAUUAGUUACCUGAUCAAGGGACAAAAUGAGGUUAAAAUGACUAUUUACUAUGUUAUCUAAUAGUUGUACUUCUAAACAGAUAUAUUUUGAGUGCAUUCUUCAAACUGCUGUUUUUUUAAUUAUAUACUUUGCUGUACAGAUGUCUCAAAAAAAAAAGUUUGUCUCUUCAUAUAGAGUGUAUAUGUGGGGGAAAUGUGGGAUGUCUUAGCACAGAUGUGUUUGAUUGAUAUGAAAGCAGAGAAUGUAGGAUCUAUGAAAAUGCUUGGUCUUUUGUACAGUGUACAGGCUUCACUAUGUGUGGAGUGACUCUUUUAAGACUGCUUCAUUUUUCGGGGCAUACGUUAAAUUCUAGA